AUGCUGGAGAAAAUGAGCAAAGUUGGCGGCUCGAUCUCGACGAGCAAGUAUCCUGUUGCAGAUGCUCUUGCGCGCAUUUGCAGUGUAAGUAUGGGACUAGAGUGGAGAUGUCGUCAUGAGCUAGUGUGCAGAUCGCUCUUGCGAUGUCUGCUAGAGCACAAUGCUACCAGAUUCGUUCUUAGUCCGUGGAUUGCAGCGUGUGCCGCCGAGUGCAGCGAUAGUGUCUUACACACCAUGUGGCGAGCAUUGCUACGUCACAAUUUAGUGGCUGAAGACGUUGCGUUGCAGGACGGAGAUGAUGUCGAGUGGCAAAUCGAAGAUCCUGCACAGCAGCUGGUGGAACUACUGGCAGAGGAAGGCAAGCUGCGCGUGUGUCGGAUGACAUGCGGGUUUGUGAAGCUGCUUUUGGCUGACGACAAGUUGAAGGAGCUGCUCGUGGAGUCACGCUGGUAUUUAAUCCGAGACUGCAUGGUGCGGGCUUUCAAGCACGCUAGUUCAGACUGGAGCUCUUCACUUAUGGCGGAUUGGUUGGAACGACGUCGAAAACUACGACUUGAUGGAGCAGGCAACGAUGGGACAUUUAAAGAGUUGGUGGACUUUUUAGUUUGCUCCACAAUGAAGUUGAGUGUGAAGAAGCCAGACUGGUUUGUCAAACACGUUCUGAGCUUCGUCCUGUCUCCUCAAUGUCAUGCUGCAGAGCAGGAACCGGCCUUGCGUGCGAUCAUCCGCGACUACACGCCCUUUGUCUUUGGUGGAGUAGACCCCCAAUGGCUCGAACAAUCGAGCAGGUAUAGCGGUUCUAGUGAGUCAUACUCCACUCCUUGCGUGGCAACCAAAGACCUCGAUGCAGUGGGAAGCCAGUCAGCGCAGCUAGUGAGAAGCAAGAUCGAGCUCAUUAUUGGUAUGUUAGUUGCUACUGACGCUCGCACGAGCGCAUUAUUCCUCGACAUUUGGUCCGAAGCGUGGACGGAUAAGCGAACGACACUUUCUUGGGGGUACGUCCACGCACUUGUUUGCGUGACCAUUCAAGGUACCAUCGAGAGUCGAAGUGAUCUUGGUCAGAAGCUUCAAAGCUUCACGACCCAAGUCUGUCAGUCCCAUUUCCGGUACUUGAGCCGCUUUCUCGUCGAGGUCGAAACGCAUGACGAAGUUGCUGCGAAGUUUUCGGAAGUACUAAACUUGCUGUUCUCUUCGACGCAUCGUACUGCAGAGGCUUUGCUGCAAGAGGUUCUAGGAGCCUUUGCAGGUUUAGAGGAGAACUGUGCGCUGGAAGCGUCCACGAUCGUCGGCAAUGCUAUCUCUCUGUGCGUUGGAAACUGUGGUGGCGGUGGCGUGAAUAUCAGCGUGAAGCGAAGCGCUGUGCCAAAUCUACCUGCGGAACAUGGCCGAUUGACUGAUUCUUCCACCUCACCGAGCACAUCAACUACGAACAUUCACUUACUGACGAUGUUAAAAACCCUGGCUUCGAUAACGAAUGAUGCAGGAGAAUUCGUCCGACGUGUGCUGUCAAGUGGACGUGUGGUGCGCUUGCUAGCAGGUCUGCUGAAUUCAGGUCGACGAAGGCAGAGACAAGAGAUGAUUCUGGAUGUGAUGAAUGCCGUAGCCAUGAGCGAUGCAGUAGUACAGAAUAGUCGAGAUUGGGCUCGCCAGAAUGUAACGCAGGAGAUCAUACAUUGCGCGUACACGGGCCCAGCUACGUUAACAAGGAAGGCGAUCACUGUGCUGCAGAAUCUCUUUUGUCGCUGCUCGAACGGCAUGCAAACCAUGUUCUGGGCAGUUCUGCAGCAGUGUACGAAGCUGUGGUGUGGACGUGAGGAGGACAGGAACGGCGAGAAGACCGACGUUACGUCGGAUAAUUAUUACGGAAGAGCAGACACUUUCGCAGAGCUCGUGAAGGCGAUGGUGAUCACAUUGCCUGUAUGUGUUGUACGUGAUGUACUGCACUUUAUGGAACAGAAGCUGGCUUCGUGCUCGUCUGGAAAGACACGGAUGAAUCUGUUUCUGCUGCUGCUACUGAGGAAGCUCGUUGUUUGUAAGCUCGGGUGUGGAAUGCUUCUUCCGGCCAUGCAGCUAGCGGUUUGUCCGCUGGCACCCCCGACCCUGGACCAAAUUCGCUUGAUUCAACUGCAGUUGUUAAAGGCAUUGUGUGCGCGCUUGUUGGCCAUUCGCCAUCGUCCGAUGACAUCGGAGAGCCCGAGUGGGUUUGAUGCUGACUGGAUGCGAUACGAGAAUCUGGUAUGCAAUGAGCGGUUACAGUCAGAGUUGCGGUCAAUGGCGAAAGUAGAGCGGCGAGCUACAGAUCGCGUGCAUUUCAAGCUGGAGCGAAUUACAUGCAGUCGUGCAUCGGAAGUACUAGCUCAGAACAUAUUGGCAUUUACUCGCCAGCUCGAGAAGCAAGCGAGGCCAUUAGAUAACGACGGGUGUCGAAUGAGACGAAAAAAAAGCAGACUGAUACGACCCAACACGUGA